AUGGCGUGCUACUACUUAGUCAUUAGCUCUACACACCUCAGCAAGGGCCACUAUCGAAACAUUAAGGGGGUGUUUCGGGGGCCUUUAUGCGGGACCAACGGCGUAGAAUCACCGGACUAUGCCGAGAAAGAGAAGGCCAUUGCCAAGGCUCUGGAGGAGCUGAAGGCUAAUUUCUACUGUGAGUUAUGCGAGAAGCAGUACCACAAGCAUCGGGAGUUUGACAACCACAUCAAUUCCUACGAUCACGCGCACAAACAGAGGCUAAAGGAGCUGAAACAGAGAGAGUUUGCCCGUAACGUGGCCUCAAAGUCCUGGAAGGAUGAGAGGAAGCAGGAGCGAGCGCUGAAACGCCUCUACCAGCUGGCCCAACUCAGGCAGCAGCCAGACAGUGAGAGGAGCCCGGCGCUCCCCACAGUGACUCCCAGCACAGAUGCCCCAGAUGAGCCAGGACCCCACGCCACCCACGCCACCCACGCCAACCCCUCUCCAGCCAGCCCCAGGACUGCCGCGGCCCCCUCCAGCCACCCACCCUGCGCCCCGAGCGGUUCUUCUGUGCCGUCCCGGAGUCGCCAGACCCCCUCGUCCUCGUCCUCGACCCCCUCCUCCGCGCCCCACUCCCUGGGGAGGUCCGGCCGCCGUACCCACCACCCCCACGCCGCCCACCCCCAGCGCGCGGGCAUCUCCUUCUGCUUCUCCCGCCGCGCCGUGCCCAAACUGGACUCCUCCUGCGCGUCCGUCUUCGCCGAGCCACCCGACGACGAGCACCAGAGGCCCGGCGGGAGGAGGCCCGCGCUCCGAGCCCUGCUGUCCCGCUCCCCCUCGCCCUCCUCCUCCUCCUCCUCCUCCUCCUCCUCUGGACACGGGGACCUCGGCAGCCCCUCCAUCCCACCGGGAAAACCUUUGGAACGUUCGGAAGCGAACGAGGCCAGGACACGGAUGGAGGACGCCGGCGAGAGGGAGGAGACAGCGGAGAGAGACGCCUCGUCCAGGGACACACCGUCUGCUCACGCCGACCCGGAUGACCGCCGCUCUCCCCGCGAGCUCGUGCAGGACUCCGAGAAGCCCCGCUCAGCGUCUCAGAUGUCCUCGACCCUCGGUCCGCUCUCCGGUCAACGGCACGGCGAAGCAGCAGCAUCACUGCGCGCACACACUCACCCCCACGACAAGCACACGCCACCUUCCCCCGAGCCGCGGGGAGUGACCGACGACGUCCAGCUGAAGGACGGCGGUGUGUCGCUCCGAUGGCCGGCGGAGCUGCUGCACUACACACACACCGAGCCCUGUCUGCCCUACAGCUGCAACCCCCGCCACGCCCGGGCACACACACACACACACGCGCACGGGCACACACACCUCCUCCUGGCCUCGCCGGACGCACAAACUCACCACGCCACCUCCGUCGCCAGCGGCGAUGACGCCGCCCCCUACCUGACCCCGCCUCGAGACGCGACGGCAGACGCGACAGCUGAGGCGACAGCUGAGCCGACAGCCGAUCCGAGCGAAGAGACGUCCUCGCCUGAGGCUCGCGCGCGCUCCAGAACACCUGAGACAGUCGAGGACCAGGUGGUGCCACACAUGCGCACGCGGCGAAAACAACGCGCGGACGUCUCUGCCGCGCACACACUCGAACACGCACGCAUAAAAAGGACCCCAGGCGCGUGUCACACACACGCGUCGGUCGCGCAUGACCAGAACAUAUCGCCGUGCGUUUGUCCCAAACGUAGAAGCACAGAGGAGGAGGAGCAGGAGAGGGAAACGGGAUGUCGCGAGACCUCAGAAACGGAACCGACGGUCACUGCGGUCCAGCCAGAGCAAGCGACGCUCCCGACGAGGUGCAAGCGACGCAAGUGCAAGCGGAAGAUGGACGCGGUCGAAGUCUCGGACGCAGUCGAAGUCUCGGACACGAGCACGAAACGGUCGGGCGGUGGAGAGGACGGUCCGUGCGUCGCGUGGGACCGUAGAGACCCAGAGGUCAGUCUUACCCUGGGGGGCGCUCCGGACGAAGGACGGGAGAGACGGAAGCACGCGAGGGGGAAGAGGAGGAGGAAGAGGAAGAGAGCUUCGGAGGAGAGAAGCUUGGCGGAGAGAAGCGCCGGCCCGGUCGCCGUGGCGACGGCCGAGCGCAUCCUGAGGAGCGUGGUGGUCAAGUCGUUCUCGGCGCCGCCCAGCAAACGGAGGAGAAAACGCCGCGCGGCCAGACGGACGGCGGAAGCGUUCGAUCGGGAACGCUGGACGCCCUUCUCCCCCGAACCGCCCUCGCGAUGCUCGCCGACGACCGUCGACGACUACGGCUGGAGCUGCGACUUCGACGUCUACGGACGAGAUGACCGCUACGAGGAGUCGCCCCGAGACAGACGAGACAGUUACGCGUCCAGGGGCAUGGUGCUCUCCGACGAGGACGCUGAAACGCCGGUGCGCUUCCACGAAUGGGACCCCCCCUCGCUCCCGAGGGUCCUCUUUCGGCCCUCCUGGAGUCGAGGGAGCGGUCAGCCGCCCUCGUACAUUUGCGUGCCCAGCUACAGCCCGGUCCUCGGACACUGCAGGGACAGCGAAGGACCUUAUGGAUCGGCGAGCGCGGACAGCACUGGCCUCAGGACGUUCAGAGACAUCGUGAGUGACAGGGCGGAUUACACCCACUGGGCGAGCCGAGAGAGGGACCACAGGAGUCCCUGGAGCCCGUGGGGAGGCAGGGGAGGCCCGUGGGCCUACUGCCCCAGAGAGGUGAGCCUGGAGCGGGGGCAAGAGGCCCGACACAGCCCCGGCUCCACCUGGAGCGCCAGCUCCUCCACCAUCACCAGCAACUCGGAGCUCAGCUCGGACUGGGGGGGCGCCGGCCGUCUGAGAUUCAACAGGAGCGCGCAGGCCACUCCGAACAAGCGGUCAGCGGCACGGCGAGCGUGUCCAGUGGCGCACCGAGACAAGCGUGUCGCGAACGCACUAUCGCCCACGCCGGCGAGAGGGGACGGCACAGCGGGGGGCCGUCUGCUGGACAAACGCGCCCACUCGGUCAGGAGGGACUCGACGAGAACGAAACGACAUGGUGUCGGGUGCAUUGUCGGCCACGGCGUCGGCGUCAGAAGAAGAAGAGAAGCGUCCGGCGCAGGGGAGCGGCGGCGAGCCAGAGAGCGUCUGCCCACGCAGGCGGCGCCCGCUGAGCCGGCAUCGGCGGCGGGGGGGAUGCCCGCGGAGACCGGAAUCCCGGAAGGGACGAGAACAAACGGAGCGCGGCCGCGCCAAAAGCACACCUCCCACGCGCGCAAACGCACGCCGCUCAAGCACACACCGCCGACGCCGGCGUUGCCAUCAAGAGGGAAGCUUCCCGCCGCGCGAAGGAGAGCGCUUGGCACGCCGGCCAACCGCAAAGUCAAGAUAGGCUUCCGGAAGGAUCCGCUUCAUCGUGCCAGCGUAGGCAGCAGCAGUAGCGGCAGCCAUCUCGCCAGCAGGGAAAGGGAAAGCGUAGAGCACCAGAAGAAAGAGGGAGAGACUGUGAUCGGCUCCCCGACAGACGUGACCCCUCUACGGGCUCAUGUACAAGCCACGUCCCCCUCCACCCCAGAUGGAGCUGCAGUGGAACAUACAUCCUCCACUAUGGCUUCUUCUCCACAUCAGGAAAACUGUUCGUCCCAUAAAAAUGACAUCACGCCCAGAUCAGCCGAGUCAGACUGGGAGGACAGUAGGGCUCCCCGAGGAGGCCCCACCCCUCCCCUGAGCGAGCAGCCAAUCACGUUUAGCGCAGAGGAGAUGGACAAGUACAGGCACCUACAGCAGCAGGCCAGACAGCACAUGCAGUUUCAGCUGCGGCAGCAAGAACACACAGUGCCCGCCGAGGCACCCGGACAAAUGCCCACUCACAUGCCCACCGACCUGCCCGCCACUGCCCACGCCAUGCCCAUGCCCCUCCCCACUCCUCCGCCCUCAUCCUCCUGUUCCUCCGUCUGCCCCAUCUCUCCGUCUCCCUCAUCCCUCCAUCCUCCUCCGCCCAGCGGUCACCACCCGGCGCUGGCGUCCCUCUGCCACCCGCCCUCGCCCGGCGCCACGCCUGCCCCCGACACACACCCGUUAAGCGGAACGACCAGCUAG